UCUGGAGACAAACGACCCAUCAUGCCGACCACAUGUACUGAUAUUCGCGCUGCGCUCGCAGCAUGUCUCGCCAAUAGCGAUUGUGUUAUGGUCCAUCGAAACAAGCCAAUCGAUUGCCUGAGGGAGCCGCUCGUGGACACACUUCCGACGCAGUGUCAACAGCUCAAGCACGGUUACGGCCAAUGCAAACGAGGUCUCGUCGACAUGCGAAAACGCUUCCGAGGCAACAAACCCAUUGCGACCAGUCAAGAGCUCGAAGGAGAGGGACCUACACCCAUGCUGUACGCCGGGAAAGGCACGUAUGAGGGCCUUGACAAGAAGAAGUCAAUGAAAGAGGGCGACGAGUACGAGUCUUUCACUCGAAAUGAUGGCCUGGAGGACUUGAGGAAGAAGUAGAUGGCAGGACGAGGCCUACAGCAGUGCAGUCAAGACUUCGUUACAACCCAGAAGAGGAUUCAGGACACCGCCCAUGAUUGUGAACAGUAGGAGCGUCUGCACAGCUUCUCGAAGCAUCGUACUGGUAUCUGAUAUCGGCCCACACCUGAGCCUCUUCCCAGGCCACACAGACAGCGAACGAGGCCUG